GGCAAGGAACUAUCUUUCAUAUUCUCAAAGAAAAAAAACAAUCUUUCGUAAUAUUAGGAAUUCAUAGGAACAGAGACUAACACUGGACAGAACAUCAUUAGAUCACCAAUUUUACCUGUAACAACCUCCCAAAAGCCCAUUUCUAAUCCAUUAACUGACGCUUUUCAUCAUCCAAAUCUUCUGUUUCUAUCUGUUUUACGACGAGUUAUUGAUAUUCUUUUGUUAAGGCAAGAAAUAAAUCAUAUUCCAAUGGAUGAUUUACCAGACCAAUUGGUUUGGGAGAUCUUUAGCAGAGUCAAGAAAACUAUUGAUAGAAAUGCUGCUUCAUUAGCUUGUAAGCGUCUGUAUGAAUUGGAUAAUGAACAAAGACAAUCUCUUCGGGUUGGUUGUGGAUUACAUCCUGCUAAUCAAGCUUUGACGUCCCUCUGCAACCGCUUUCCUAACUUGGUAAAAGUAGAAAUAACUUACUCUGGUUGGAUGUCCAAGCUAGGAAAGCAGUUAGAUGACCAAGGGCUUCUCCUGCUUGCUAACAACUGUCCAUCUCUUAGUGAUUUAGCUUUGAGCUAUUGCACAUUCAUAACGGAUGUGGGUCUUCGCUACUUGGCUUCUUGCUCCAAGCUUUCGAAACUGAAGUUGAAUUUCACACCAAGAAUCACUGGUUGUGGCAUAUUAUCUCUUGUUAUAGGUUGCAAAAAUCUCAUCAUUUUUCACCUUAACCGAUGUCUCAAUGUUACCAGUGUGGAAUGGCUGGAAUACCUUGGCAAGCUUGAAACACUUGAAGACCUUUCAAUUAAGAAUUGUCGAGUGAUUGGGGAGGGUGACUUGAUUAAGAUAGGAUCUGGCUGGCGAAAGCUAAAAAGAUUGCAGUUUGAGGUGGAUGCUAAUUACAGAUAUAUGAAGGUUUAUGAUCGGUUGGCUGUAGAUAGAUGGCAAAAGCAAUUGGUGCCGUGUGAAUCUUUAUUGGAACUUAGCCUGGUUAAUUGCAUCAUCAGCCCAGGGAGAGGACUUGCUUGUGUAUUGGGAAAGUGCAAGAACCUGGAAAAGAUUCAUUUGGACAUGUGUGUUGGGGUGAGGGACUAUGACAUCAUAGGCUUGGCUCAAAAAUCAAGAAAUCUUCGGUCAAUUUCCCUCCGAGUUCCCUCAGAUUUCUCCUUGCCCCUUCUGCUGAACAAUCCUUUGAGAUUAACAGAUGAAAGUCUUAAAGCGUUGGCUCAAAACUGUCCAAUGCUUGAAUCUGUACGGGUAUCUUUUUCUGAUGGGGAGUUUCCUUCCUUUUCAUCAUUUACUUUAAAUGGAAUUCUUACUUUAAUUCAGACGUGCCCUAUCAGGGAACUUGCUCUUGACCACGUGUAUUCCUUCAAUGACAUUGGGAUGGAAGCUCUUUGUUCGGCUCAGUAUCUUGAGAACUUGGAGCUUGUAAGAUGCCAAGAAGUUAGUGAUGAGGGGCUGCAGCUUGUGACCCAGUUUCCUCGCUUGUGCAUUUUAAGGUUAAAAAAGUGUUUGGGGCUUACAGAUGAUGGGUUAAAACCUCUUAUUGGGUCAUACAAAAUGGAAUUCCUGACAGUGGAAGAUUGUCCUCAAAUUUCUGAAAGGGGUGUUCAAGGAACUGCAAGAUCUGUGUCAUUCCGGCAAGACUUGUCAUGGAUGUAUUGAACUCGGUAUUAUACUCAAAAGAAGAAAAAAACAAAACAUCAAUUGUUUGUUAAGUCUUUUAUGCAUCUUUGCAAUUUUUUCUAAGUGUUCUUUAUGCAUCUGUUUCUUGUAUUAUCAUUCUUACUUGGUGGUUGUAUCAUGAUUUUUAAAGUAUACUGCUCUGAUUGACGUCCCAUCUA